GGGGGGGGGGGGGGGGAGGAUUGUUUAAUGUGCACAUUCAGAGCAAGCUGUUGUAGCGCACGCCUGUCUUAGGCACAGGCACCGACCUCAGCCGGUUUCUCUGUCCAGGACAGGAAAGGGCCGUGAAAUGUAAAUCUAUUUAUAGUCGGUCCCCAAGCUUCGCGAUUAUAAUUGAUACGGCAGAGCAUUUGUGAUCUAUUUCGGGGAAACAUUCAUGGAAAAACACAGUUAUAUUUAUAGCCACUUAGUUGGGCAAUAUCACCAAGGUUGAUUGAUUAUUCAUCAAUUGCAGCUUGCCUUCGUUCAUUAUGCAGGGGACAAUUGUUCUUCUUUGAAGCAUACAAAUGGAUAUUUUCGAAACCAUAUGAAAUUCUUCUGUGGAGCAAUUUAUAUCAGAUGACCACGAAGAACGUCCUUGUAUGUUAUUGAAUAGUUCCUUGAACUUCAAGUAAACGCCAAGGUGUAGGUGAAAGCACAAAUAUAGUACCAGUUAAACCUGGGAAAAUAGCUAUAGUCACUGGUGUUUUGUGAUAAAGUGACGACGCGAAAUAAAACAGAAGAAAGCGAAAUAAGAUUCGUGUGCAAACAUUUUAUUAACGGAAAACAGUUUAAACACCAUACUGAUUUUAAAUAAGGUGAAAUGGGUCAAACAGUAAGUGAGUGUAAAUCGGCGAGUUUGAAAGCGGAUCAUAUUGCGCAAAGGCAUGACACGUUUGCUGAGUGGAAGGGGAAGAAGAAUUCCAUUCAGUUGGCGAUAGCUGGGUUCCAGUACACGGGCACCGGGGAUAAAGUGGUGUGUCCCACUUGUAAGUUAAAACUCUACAAUUGGCUUGGGUCGGAGGAUGCAGUCGAGCUACACAGGUCCCGAUCUCCGGACUGCGCUUUCAUCCAAAAAUGGUUCAGUCGUCACGGACAACAGACUGUCAGUGACGCCACUGCCGAAAAGAGUCUCGACUGUUUGAAGCCACCGAAACAUCCGGCUUUUAGGGACUACCAAAAGAGGCUAAAAAGCUAUGUUGGUUGGCCUCUAAAACUCGAACAGCAGAGUCCAUCUCGUAUGGCCGACGAGGGGUUUUUCUACGUCGGUUUUAAGGACAGAGCCAGUUGCUUCCACUGCGGUUUGACCCUGGUAGACUGGGAUUAUGAUGACGUACCGCUUGAAGUCCAUGUCACCUACUCGCCGGAAUGUGAGUUUGCCCAGGAUAGGACGAAGAUGUUGCAGGGAUCCCUGGAGAAACCGAACACGCCAUCGACAACAUCGUGCACAGAGACAAAUUCGCAAAGCCAUGUUGAAAAAGGACUGUGUAAUGGAAGCGAUUCUCAGAGCUCCUCUGUCCAAGGUGCCGCUGGCGCAGUCGGUGGAGCAUCUGGCGUUUCUGGUGAGAAGUCUGGUAACCAUGGUGAUGUUUCCAAGACGACCCGAUACAGUCCAAUAGUGCAAGCAGUCAUGGAGUUCGGCUACAGCAUAGAUGAGAUCGAGAGAGUGGUUCGGGAGGAGAAACGGAGAUCAGGCAAGGAUUUCCCAGAUGCACCUGCUUUGUUUCGCGCGCUCUCUGACGAACCAGGUGUAUGACAUUUGGAACAGUUUCGACCCCGGAAAUUAAGAAAAUGGCCACGGCAAAACAAUAUGCAGUGGGGAAAUAGUUUCCAUGUCAUUUCGUUUUCUUUUGUUUAACGGUGGUGUUGUGACAGAAAAGUCAUCUUUGGCAGUUUCAGGAAGGCGGACGGUCGACAUUUUUUCAACUCGAAGAAUAAUAAACUUAAUUCGUCGCCAUCCUUAUUUAAUUUACAUUAAAUUGUUUAUAAAAAAAUAUCCGAGCUAAGUACAAAUGUUGUGUGUAAGUUUGUAGAUGCUAUUUGUCUUUGUCCUUGUCUAAUUUAUUGUAUUUUGCGUUUUUCGUCCCACUGUGUAUUGUUUGUUUACCUCGUGUAGCCAUAGUGCUCAUUAUUCCGUGAUAGCACGUGUAUUGCCAGAUACCAUUGUUUUCACCGACUAUUGACCCCCCUACUACUAUAUACAUGAAGUUCAAGGAACUAUUCAAUAGCAUACAAGAAAGUUCUUCAUGGUUUCGGUCAUCUGAUAUACCGUUGUUUUCACCGAAUAUUGACCCCCCUACUACUUUAUAUAUUAGCGUAUUGAUAGUUUAGAUUGUGUUUAUUAUGUCUCAGCCAAAGAACUCCGUUGACCGGGCAUCUGACCGGCUCAAUGAGAGUUCGUCAACAAUGACCGCUGACGUUGUAGCGGAAUUGGGUUUGAAUUAUAUAAGUGAUGUAAGGGAAAUAACUCUAUUUGUAUACGUCUGUUAUGUCAUUAUGUUAUUGUUAUAUUAUUGUUAAGUAAUUAAAGUUGGUUAAAGUAAUUAA